AUGGCCACUGACACUCCAGAACCAUUGAGCAAGUCGGGGAUCUCCUCGACAAACAGCCAGAGGUACGGCCUAGACAAAGAAGACAAGACUAGGGUCGUGGUUUACAAAUACCGACACGAAGACGGCAUCCGAGUAUGGUCGCUCCGUUGUCUGGCACAAGAGUUAGACGAAAAUAUCGGCCUCCGCUGUUCCCGCAAAGCAAUCCCACGUGGCAGUUCGCAUCUAGAUAUCCUCGGUGAAGACUUGCUUCCUGAGGAAGAACGAGCCGAGUUUGCCGAUUAUCCAAGCAUGAAGCUCAAUUUGGCUUCGGUCGGUCUGCCAAUAGAUGUGUACUGGAGGAGACUGGUUUUCGACCAAUUCCGGGACUUAUACAUCGUCUCUCCAAGUACAUCUCCAAGUAGCUCCACCCUGGCUUCCUCAAAUGUGUCACCGCAGACAGAUAUCGACAAUAACGAUGACUCUCCGGUAUAA